AAGCAGAGCACAGCAUGCUGACCCGCUUCCGACCGGCAGCCGCCCGCAUGGUGUGCGGCAAGCAUGCGAAAAAAUUCAUCAGGGCAUUUUCGUCAGAAGCUAGCCUCAAGGAUGUUUUCUCGGACAAAAUUCCAAAGUGGCAGAAGGAGAUCGCCGACAUCAAAUCCAUGUACGGUGACAAGGUGCUGGGCACGUGCACGGUGGAGCAAGCGUACGGUGGGAUGAGGAGCGUCAAGUCUCUUGUUUACGAGACAUCUUUGCUGGAUCCUGUUGAGGGAAUCCGAUUUCGAGGGUAUUCCAUUCCCGAAUGCCAGAAAGUUCUGCCUAAGGCUCCUGGUGGUGAAGAACCUCUUCCUGAAGCGCUUCUAUGGCUUCUGAUGACGGGUGAUGUUCCCACGGACUCCCAAGUGAAGAACCUCAUCGAUGACAUGAAUAAGAGGGCCGUCCUUCCUGAAUGGAUCGAGAAGACGAUUUUGAACUUUCCAAAGGACCUCCACCCCAUGACCCAGUUUUCUAUGGGAAUCUUAGCCUGCCAGAAGGAGUCGCAGUUUGCAGCAGCAUACCAGCGUGGUAUCAAGAAAUCGGAAUACUGGACUUAUUGCUUUGAGGACAUGCUCACCUGCAUUGCACGUCUGCCCCGAAUUGCAGCCUUGAUUUACAGAAAUGUGUUCAAAGAUGGAAAGAUUACUCCCAUGGAAAACAAGUCCGACAUGUCAGCAAACUUCUGCAAGAUGCUCGGAUUUUCUGAUGCAAACUUCAUCGAGCUGAUGCGUCUGUACCUGACUAUCCACUCUGAUCAUGAGGGAGGCAAUGUUUCUGCACACACCUGCCAUUUGGUGGGCUCUGCCUUGUCCGACCCGUACCUUGCUCUUUCUGCGUCCAUGAAUGGACUGGCUGGUCCCUUGCACGGUCUUGCCAACCAGGAAGUCUUGCGUUUCAUCAAACAAUUCAAGGCAGACAUGGGUUCAAAACAGAUUACACCGGAUUCAGUGAAAGAACAAUGUUGGAAGGUGUUGAACAGUGGGCGUGUGAUUCCAGGAUACGGUCACGCUGUCUUGAGAAAAACGGAUCCUCGCUUCACCUGCCAAGCGGAGUUUGCCAAGAAGCACAUCAAGAAUGACGAGUUGGUUGACCUUGUCAGCCUCAUGUAUGAGGUGGCUCCCCAAGUCUUGACAGAGCAUGGAAAGACCAAGAAUCCAUGGCCCAACGUUGAUGCCCACAGUGGGGUGCUGUUGGUACACUAUGGCUUGACGGAAGAAAAUUUCUACACGGUGAUGUUCGGAGUGGGGCGAGCCCUUGGAGUUCUUCCCAUGUUGACCAUCAGUCGUGCUUUGGGAUUCUCGUUGGAGCGACCAAAGUCUCUGACUACUGAGGCUAUCAAGAAGUCAAUGGAAAUCAUGUAUCCUCACGGACACACUUAAACCGCGCUGCGUAUGGUUGUAUUGCCAAAGGGUUAAUGAUGAUCGGCUCGUCAAAGCUCUAGAGCUCAUAAAUUAUUGUGAUUGUUUUCUCGCUUUGCGCGUUGUCUAUUCCAAUCUUGGCAACGAGAGCGGAACUCAAUUUAGUGUCGAUGCACAUUAAUGAAGAUUGCUGAAAGUUU